GGGACCCAUCCACGCGGUUGUUUUGGUCAAGUGUUACUUCAUUACGGUGGGCAUCUUGAUCCGUCAAUUGGGCCUCCCAGCAUUCAUCGUCGGUCCGAGCGCCAUGGCCCAAGUUCGAUUUGCGGCCACGCCCUCAGUGGUCCAGCCCGCCCCUGAGUCCGAGGAUGUCCCGCCGUUGCCCUUUCACGAAAUGGGAUUGGACGAUCGUUUACUCAAGGCCAUCGCCCAAUGCGGUUGGGCUCAGCCCACCUUGAUUCAGGAACGAGCCAUUCCGCUCAUCCUGGAAGGUCAGGAUGUUUUAGCCCGUGGUCGCACGGGCAGCGGCAAAACCGGUGCCUUCGCCAUUCCCACUUUACAGAAGAUCCUACAGGCCAAAGCCACGGCCACCCAACAGAGCGUGCGCGCGCUCAUGCUCGCGCCCUCGCGCGAACUCGCUCGCCAAAUUCACGCUAACGUGCUGGCCCUGAGUGCUAGCUGCGGGCGCGUCAUUCGGGCCGUGGACGUGUCGGGAGCGGGCGAGCUCGAGUCUCAGCGUCCCUUAUUGGCCGAGUUGCCCGAUAUUGUAGUGGGCACGCCGGCCCGCGUCCUAGCCCAUUUGCGGGCCGGCCAUGUGGACGUGCGAGCUUCACUCGACAUCCUGGUCAUCGAUGAAGCCGACUUGAUUUUCUCUUUCGGCUAUGAAGCCGAUAUCAAGGCCAUUCUUCCGUUCUUGCCCUCGGUGGUUCAGACCGUGCUCACCAGUGCCACUUUGACCGAGGAUGUGCUCAAGUUGAAGAAGCUCAUCCUCCACAACGCCGUGACAUUGAAGUUGGAGGAGCCCUCACUCCCGGAAGCCUCGCAAUUGACGCAAUACCAGAUCAAACUCGAAGAAGAAGACAAGUUCAUCUUGAUCUACGCCUUGUUCAAGCUCAAGCUCAUUCAAGGCAAGAGCAUCAUCUUCGUCAACAGCGUCGAUCGUUGCUACAAGAUCAAACUCUAUUUGGAGCAAUUCCAAAUUCCGGUGUGCGUGCUCAACUCGGAAUUGCCCGUCACCACCCGUUGUCACGUGGUCAGUCAGUUCAAUCGCGGUUUAUACGAUGUGAUUGUGGCAUCGGACGAAAAGUUUCUCGACGAGCAACAUUACACGGGCAAAGUGGAUCACGAUAAAGAGCGCAGUCAACGGAAAAAAGACAAGGAAUCCGGCGUGGCUCGCGGGAUCGACUUCCAGUUUGUGUCCAAUGUGAUCAAUUUCGAUUUCCCCGCCGAUGUGGACUCGUACAUUCAUCGUGUGGGACGCACGGCUCGGGGCAACAAUAAAGGAACAGCUUUGUCUUUGGUGUCUGGCCGAGAAUUGGCCUUAUCCAACGAGGUCGAGAACUACUUGAAGGAACAGAUGGGCGUGGAGGGUGAAGAAGAACACGUGUUUAAGCCUUACAAGUUCCGCAUGCAAGAGUUGGACGGAUUCAAAUACCGCGCCCGCGAUGCUUGGCGAGCCGUGACCAAGAUCGCCAUCCGCGAAGCGCGGCUUAAAGAGAUCAAGCACGAAAUGCUGAACUCGGCCAAACUUCGCGCUCACUUUGAGGUCAACCCUAAGGAUGCCCAAAUAUUGAGACACGAUAAAGCGUUGCACACGGUCAAACAUCAGGCCCAUCUGAAGAAUGUGCCGGAUUAUAUUGUUCCACAAGCCCUUAAGAAGGUGGUACACGUCAAUCCUAGGAACAAGCGGAGUAACAAUCCUUUGAGUCGACCCAUGUCUCAAGCCAAACGAAAAUACGAAAUGAGUAAGCGCGACCCACUCAAGAAUUUGAAGAAAAAAUGAACCGAAACUAGAAACAUAAUAAACGAAUCGGUAUUCGAA